CUGCUCUUUACCACCAUGUCGACCUACUUCGCGGACUCGAAACUCAUCUGGACUCCUUCGAGACCUACGUGGACAGCGGUGGAGCGGUUUCGUCGGUUCAUCAACACGAAACACGGGUUGAACCUAGAGGACUUCCACGCCUUGCACAAGUACUCCGUCGAGGACUACGCCUUUUGGGCUGACCUCUGGGACUUUCUUGAGAUUUCUUCGUCAGUUCCACCUGGUGACAAGAUACUGGAGCCAGGAAACCUACCAGAAGUGCCUCGCUGGUUUCCAGCUGCUCGGCUCAACUAUGCAGAGAACCUUCUAAUCCGGCCCAAGUCCGACAGUAUUGUGAUUACUGCUGGUGGCGAAUCUGGACGCGUUUCCCACUACUCCCGUCGGGAACUACACGAGUUGGUCCGACAAAUGACUUGUGCUAUGCGUAAGCACGGACUACAGAAGGGCGAUCGUGUUGCAGCAAUAGUGAACAAUACCAUCACUUCUGUUGUUAUUUGUUUGGCUACUGCAAGCAUUGGCGCCAUUUUCUCGAGUACCGCAAGUGACAUGGGAACUCAAGGGGUCCUCGAUAGAUAUCGCCAAAUUGCUCCUAAAUUCAUAUUCUCCGAAACAGAGGUCACCUAUGCUGGCAAACGCAUCGAUCUUCUGCCCAAAGUAACCCAAGUCUUCCAAGAUUUGCGAAAAUACGGGGCAGAGCAGAUGAUUACACUGCCAAGUUUGAUCAAUGGGAAGGAAAUCUCAGUGUCUCAGAGUAAAACACUUUCCCAAUUUUUGAGCGUGGACGAUGGGAGUCCUCUUGUCUUCGAACAAAUGCCGUUCAGUGCGCCAUUGUUCAUUCUCUACAGUUCCGGUACCUCGGGACCACCGAAAUGCAUAGUGCACUCUGGCGGGGGUGUCUUGUUGCAAAAUCAAAAGGAACUCAAGCUUCAUGUCGGACUUGAGGAAGGCGAAGCAUAUUUCCAGUACACGACGACUGGCUGGAUGAUGUGGACAUUCAUGCUCAGUGGUCUGGCACUCGGUGCACGUCUCCUCCUCUAUGACGGCUCCCCAUUUCACCCAGAUCUACACGCAUAUCUCAAGUUCAUUAAUGACCAGCGUGUUGGGGUGUUCGGCACUAGCCCCCGAUUCCUAGCAGAGGUUCAGGGGCGGGGAAUCAACCCACUUGACAUCGGCUCGUUUGCGGACCUCAAGACACUGAGCGUGACUGGAGCGGUCCUUACUACACCGAUGUUCGAAUGGUCUCACAAGGCUUUUGGCGCCCGCGCCCAUAUCUUGUCUCCUUCUGGCGGCACUGACGUUUGUUCUGGCUUCGUAGGAGGGUGCCCUAGCUUGCCUGUAUACUCUGGAGAGAUGCAAUGCAAAUCUCUUGGGAUGGCCAUUGAAAUAUUCGACCAGGAGGGCAAGAAUAUUGAACAAACUGGUGUUGCUGGAGAACUGGUAUGUACGCGCCCACACGUCUCCCUUCCCCUCGGAUUCUGGGGGGACACGACCGGAGCAAAGUUCCGCGAUGCGUACUACAACAUGUAUCCUGGAAUAUGGCGGCAGGGCGACUUCAUCGUGAUGAACCCUAAGACCCAGGGGCUCAUGAUCCUGGGUCGCAGUGACGGAGUUCUUAACCCUUCGGGCGUCCGCUUUGGUUCCGGCGAAAUCUACAAUGUCCUUGAACAAUUUUCUUCAGUGAUCGACGACUCGCUCUGUGUGGGCCAGCGUCGCGCGACGGACAAGGACGAGCGUGUGCUACUCUUCUUGAAGAUGCGUUCCGGACACACGCUAGACGACAACCUCAUAAAACAGAUCAAAGACGCGAUUCGCGCUGCAUUGAGCAUUCGUCACGUGCCCGCGUUUAUUUUGCCUAUCGAAGACAUUCCGUAUACGGUCAACGGGAAACGCAUCGAGAUCGCCGUGAAGCAAAUCGUCUCGGGAAGUAACUUGAAGCCAAGCGGUACUGUGGCGAAUCCCGAGUCGUUGAAGCUUUAUUACAAGUUCCGUGAUCUCAAUGCAGCGUCAGGAGAGAGCGUGCACGUGAAGUCGAAGAUGUAG